AUGAAUUUAGAAAUUCCAGACGGAUUGGGCGAUUUGCUGCGAGAUUUCACCGUGGCCGUGCUAAAGGAGCGGCCAGGCGAUCUGUACGAUUUUGCAGUUGAUUACUUCACCAAGGCCAGGGAAGCCCGGCGGCCCAAGGACGUGCCUAUGUACAUCAUUGUUGAAGAUGAUGAUGAGGCUGGCGAGCCGGACAGAACCGCCUUCAAACCCAAAACCAGCAGCGGCCGCUACGCGCGGAGACAGUCCGUAUCCGCGGAGAGAUACAACCCGGAGGAAGACGAGGACGAUGAUGACUUCAUUAUCCACCCAAAGACAGACGAGCAGCGCGAGAGGCUCACCAAAACCGUCAGCAGUAUCUUGCUGUUCCGCUCCCUGGAACCAGAGCAGACCUCACAGGUGGUCGAUGCCAUGUUUGAGAGGAAGGUGGUGCCAGGUGAGACGGUGAUCCAGCAGGGAGACGACGGCGAUAACUUCUAUGUCAUUGAUACCGGAGUCUACGACGUUCUGGCUGACGUCAAAGGGGAGGAGAAGAAGGUCCACCAGUUUGACAACCGAGGCAGUUUUGGCGAGUUGGCCCUCAUGUACAACAUGCCUCGCUCGGCCACUGUCCGAGCCGUCACAGAGGGCACACUGUGGGCUAUGGAUCGAAGCUCAUUCCGGAGAAUCGUGCUGAAAUCUGCCUUCAAGAAGCGCAAGAAGUAUGAGGACCUGCUGGAAAGUGUUCCCAUCCUACAGAACCUGGACAGAUACGAACGCAUGACCUUGGCCGAUGCUCUUGUAUCGCGCGUCUACCAGGACGGGGAGGCGAUCAUCAAACAAGGCGACGAUCCUGACGGCGUUUACUUCGUGGAAGAUGGAACCAUCCGCAUCACCAUGGCUUCUCCCGAUGGCACGGAGAAGGAGAUUGGCGUAAAGACGACAUGUACCUACUUCGGCGAGUUGGCGUUGAUCGAGAACAAACCACGCACAGCCAGUGUCUACGCCGUGGGCCGGGUCAAAGUGGCCUUUCUGGAGCGAGACUGCUUUGAGCGGUUGUUAGGUCCCUGUGUGGAGAUCAUGAAGCGGAACAGCCAGAACUAUACCAUGUCUGUGUCUAACUAA